AUGCAAAAGAUGUUCCUGGCCAAGAAGGAGACGGUGAUUGCAAUGUACCCUACUUAUAUUUCCACUUUCUUCUACUUUCUGUGCGUUACGGCUUGCAUUAGAAUAAUCUCUGGCCACGUGAAGAGGGAUGACAAGUUAUACCCCGAAAAUUUCACCCGGAUCCUGGAUCAAUUAUUGGAGGGCUAUGACAACAGACUGAGACCUGGAUUCGGGGGUCCGGUGACUGAGGUGAAGACCGAUAUCUAUGUCACCAGUUUUGGACCAGUGUCUGAUGUGGAAAUGGAGUACACAAUUGACGUGUUUUUCCGACAGAAGUGGGUGGACAGGAGACUUAGGUACGAGGGGCCGAUCGAGAUUCUUCGGCUAAACAACCUGAUGGUGACCAAAGUCUGGACCCCCGACACUUUCUUCAGAAAUGGCAAAAGAUCUGUCGCUCACAACAUUACCGCCCCAAACAAACUCUUCCGCAUCAUGAAGAAUGGCACAAUUCUUUACACGAUGAGGCUAACAAUCAGUGCAGAAUGUCCAAUGAAGCUUGUGAAUUUCCCGAUGGACGGUCAUUCCUGCCCACUCAAGUUUGGCAGCUAUGCUUAUCCUAAGACUGAGAUGAUCUACACAUGGACCAAAAACUCAGUGGAAGUUCCUCCUGAAUCAUCCAGUCUUGUACAGUAUGAUUUGAUUGGACAAACUGUCUCCAGUGAAAUGGUCAAAUCUAUAACAGGUGAAUACGUGGUGAUGACUGUCUACUUUCACUUGAAACGGAAAAUGGGCUACUUCAUGAUUCAGACAUACAUCCCCUGCAUCAUGACAGUAAUCCUCUCCCAAGUGUCCUUCUGGAUAAAUAAGGAAUCUGUGCCUGCCAGAACUGUCUUCGGCAUCACCACUGUCCUCACCAUGACCACUCUAAGCAUCAGUGCCCGUCACUCUCUGCCCAAGGUCUCUUACGCCACAGCCAUGGACUGGUUCAUUGCAGUCUGUUUUGCUUUUGUUUUCUCUGCUCUGAUUGAGUUUGCUGCUGUGAACUAUUUCACCAACGCCCAGGCAGAACGAGCAAAAAAGAAGGCAGCAAAGAAUGCAGCUGCAAAGAGCGCAUCAACAUCCGGCAAGAGCAAGGAGACUGAGGAGGUUCUACAGCAAAACUCGGACACUAACGGCAACCUCCGAAAACGUGUAAGCUCCACAACUCACUCUCAGCCAGACCCCAAGGGCAGCCAAAGAAACGAACCCUGCAGCAAGAGCUUCACAGCCACGUCUAGACAGCCUCCGACUAGCCAACUGUCCUCCAGCUCGGGCACCACCAGCAGCACGUCCAGCCAAACACGACUCAAUCCCAAAACCUGUACCCAGUCCAAUGCAUUAUCUGCAAAUUCCAAGACCACCCCUCCUGCUCCCCCCUCCACCCCAACCGUCACAGAAAACGUAUCAACCAACACGCCCACCGGCUCUCUUCACCAUCUCUUAGCUCCAAAGUUGGAGACUAUGCAGAAAGUGGAAGCCAAAACCUUAUCCAGUGCUCAGCCGGUAGCUUCUACAGCUGGAGGGGCCAGCAAGAUUGACAAGUAUGCACGCAUCCUUUUCCCAGUUUCCUUUGGGGCAUUUAACAUGGUCUACUGGGUGGUAUACUUAUCCAAAGAAACCAUGGAAGCACGAGGAAACAAUUAA